UUGAAGAAAAUGCUAAAUGCUUCACAUAUAGUUUCUGUUAAAUGGCUUAAAGACAUUCUUUCAAGCUCAUCCAAGUUUAGAAUUUUAGAUGGUUCAUGGCACCUGCCCAAUACAGGUAGAAUAGCUGCUAAUGAAUACAAAGAAAAACAUAUCCCAGGAGCUUUAUUCUUUGACAUUGAUGAAUGUGCUGACAAAUCAACAAACUUACCACAUAUGAUACCAUCCCCUCAAGAGUUUGGUGACUAUGUUGGAUCUCUGGGAAUUAACAAUGAUACUCAAGUCAUAGUGUAUGAUAAUAACCCCCAAUUUCCUGUAUUUUCUGCACAACGAGUUUGGUGGACCUUUAGAUUGUUUGGGCAUAAAAAAGUGUGCAUCUUAGAGGGCGGUUUGCCUAAAUGGUUGUCUGAAGGAGGGUAGACAACUAAUGAAACUGUUUCAGUGCCAAAAGAGAAGUUUGCUGUACACUUUAAUAAACAUCUGGUUAAAUCUAUUGAAGACAUCAAAAGAAAUAUUGAGAAGCCUGAAUUUACUUUAGUGGAUGCAAGACCAGAUGGGCGUUUUAAAGGAGAAGCUCCAGAACCUCGUCCAGAUACCAAACCUGGGUGCAUAGUAAACUCCAUCAAUAUUCCAUUCAUGAAUACAAUGAAUUUAAAUGAAAGAAAAAUGAAAACACCUGAAGAACUAAAAAAACUGUUUUAAGAAGCUGGAAUUGACCUAAAUAAACCUUUGGUUGCUUCCUGUGGAUCAGGAAUCUCUGCAUGUAUUCUGGCACUAUCUGCAGCCUUGCUGGGUAAAGAAGAUGUGGCUGUCUAUGAUGGCUCAUGGACUGAGUGGUACCACCAUGCACCAGCUCAACUCAAACUAAAUGUUCCUAAGUAAACUACAAGUUUGUCAUUUUAACAUGUCUAGGUCAAAUAUUCAAUGCCUACAUGAUUAAGAAAUUCAAUUUACUAUUUUAUUAAAAAUGUCAUUUGGCUCUGACCUUGAACUUGCAAUUUGUUUUCAUGCUUUAAAU